AUGCGCAUUAUGAAUACUGAAAUGAUUAAAGGUCUUACUACUCCAAAUGACAUGUCGAAUGAUCUUAAAAUGAUCAACACAUAUGUUACGAGUCUACCACUCGGAAACGAAACUGGAAGAUAUUUGGCUCUUGAUCUAGGUGGAACAAAUUACCGACUGCUACUAGUUACAUUUGAGGCACCAAAAACACCUCCAUUAAUUGAAGCAGAUGUGUAUACAAUCUCAAAAGAACUGCAAGUUGGCGACGGGGAAGCUGUAAUAUUUUGCUUUAAUUUAACUAAGACAAAGCUAUUUCAAUUUAUAGCUGGAACGGUUAAGUCCUUUUUGCAAACUCGAAACCUUCAAGACUUAGAAAUUGAUUUGGGAUUCACAUUUUCGUUCCCAGUUAACCAACAGGGUUUGAAUAAAGGAAAACUAAUGCGAUGGACAAAAGGGUUCGAUGUAAAGGGAACCAUUGGAAAGGAUGUAGUUGAACUUUUAAACAGUGCAAUGAAAACUUUGGGUCUAAAAGUCACUUGCCGAGCCCUUGUAAAUGACACUGUUGGAGCAUUGGCAUCCUGUGCAUUUUUAGAUCCGGAAACAGCGAUCGGUCUCAUUGUUGGUACUGGUACUAAUGCGGCCUACGUUGAAAAACUGUCAAAUGCUAAAAAAAUUACCGACUUACCGCCAACCGUCCACUCCGUUGUGAUAAAUACAGAAUGGGGUGCAUUUGGGGAGCAUGGUUGCAUCGAUGAUUUUUCAACUGAAUUCGACAAACAUAUUGAUGUCAACUCCAUAAAUCCUGGAAAACAAAUUUUUGAGAAAAUGAUCAGUGGUAUGUACCUCGGCGAAGUAGUUCGGCUGAUUUUGAGAAAACUUGCCACGGAGGGUAUUAUUUUUGACGGUGCUGUUCCUGAGCGUCUAAACGUUGUUGAUGGAUUCCCUACGUACUUCCUUAGUGAAGUAGAUCGCGAUCCAACGCAUCUCUUCUACAGUACCGAAUAUAUCCUUCGUGAAGCUUUUCAGAUGACCAGAUUUACAACAGAGGACCUAAAGAUUGUCCGUUACGUCUGCAGUUCAGUAGCUAAUCGAGCAGCUAGUUUUGUAGCAGCUGGUAUAGCUUGCUUAUUAAACCGGGUGGACAGGCCUCGGACAACAAUUGCCGUAGAUGGGUCAUUAUUUAAAUUCCAUCCUACCUUCGCUCGCACAAUGGUCGAAGUUAUUACCAAGCUUGUCCCUUCGCGAUGCACGUUCCGGCUCAAAUUAUCCGAAGACGGUAGUGGAAAGGGUGCUGGGGCCUUGGUAGCCGCAGCCAGACGAGAGGCAUUAUCUGAAUAA